AUGGUCGUCGACACGGCCUACUACGACACCCUCGGCGUCUCGCCGCAGGCCACUGAGCUUGAGAUCAAAAAGGCCUACCGCAAGAUGGCCAUUGUCCACCACCCAGAUAAGAACCCAAACGAUCCGACAGCACACGAAAAGUUCCAGGCCAUCGGCGAAGCCUACCAGGUUCUCUCCGACGCGGAUCUGCGAAAAGCCUACGAUAAGUAUGGAAAGGACCACGCGAAGCCGCAAGAGGGCUUCGUCGAUCCGGCCGAGUUCUUCUCCGCCAUUUUUGGCGGCGAGGCGUUUGUCGACUGGAUUGGUGAGAUUAGCCUGAUGAAGGAUCUGGCGGCCACCAUGGAUAUCGCCAUGGAGGGAGAGGAAGAGGGAGAGGCUCCGCCAGCAGCAGAGGACGAAGAAUUCCCCGGAACAGCCGAGGCGAUGAAGGAGAGUAUGAAGGAGAACCCUGCCGCAUCUACAGCCUCUGCGUCUGCAUCUGCGCCGCCGCCGCCUACAGUGGUUGUGGAUGAGGAGAAGACGCCUGCGGGCUCUGCCACUGCGACGCCCCCACCAGCUCGAUCCCACGCGACGUCUCCAGCCCCGUCUGUUGGCUCCCGGAGACAGAUCCCUAUUCGACCGGCUCUUAUGGAUAAGGCUUACGACGAAUCGGCAGAGAAGGAGAUGGAGCAGGCAGACGAUGACCUCAAGGGCAAGGGGCGCAAGAAGGGCGGUAUGAGCAAGGAGCAGCGCGAUAAGCUGCUGGCUUACGAAAAGGAGCGUGCUCGCGUUCGUCAAGAGCGCGUGGAGCAGCUGUCGAAGAAGUUACUGGACCGGGUCAGCGUAUGGGCUGAGACCGACAAGAGCGCCGAUGUGACAAGGGCUUUCCAGGAGAAGAUGCGACUCGAGGUGGAGAAUCUCAAGAUGGAGUCUUUUGGUAUUGAUAUCCUCCACGCCAUCGGCCAGACCUACGUGUCCAAGGCCUCUACCCUUUUGCGCAGCCAAAAGUUCCUUGGCAUUGGCGGCUUCUUCAGCAAGCUCAAGGACAAGGGCACACUGGUCAAGGAUACCUGGAACACCAUCAGCAGCGCUAUUGAUGCGCAGCAGACGGUGGAAGACAUGGCCAAGAUGGAGGAGCGGGGCGGCGAGGACUGGACGGACGAGAAGCGCGUCGAGUACGAGCGCCGUGUUACGGGCAAGAUCCUGACGGCCGCGUGGAGGGGCAGCAGGUUUGAGAUUCAGGGCGUGUUGCGCGAGGUGUGUGACUCGGUUUUGAACGACAAGAAGGUUCCGCUGUCGAAGCGAUUGGAGCGAGCGCAGGCGCUUAUUCUGAUUGGCGAGGUCUUCCUCAAGGCCGAGCGAUCCCCCGAAGAAGAGGGCGACUAUCUGCUCUUCGAGCAGCUUGUUGCCGAGGCAGCCAUCAAGAAGGACAAGCACGAAGACAAACACAAGCAUAAGAAG